AAUUGAUAGGGCCAAUUUGAAGUACUAAUAUAAUAAUCAUGUUCCCUCCGGUAGGAUGCUUUAAUUGCUAUCGGGAAAUUUUGGCGUCUUUCCAUAUCAACCGCUAAUUUCCUCAUCUUCCCCGUUUCCUUCUUUAACAUUUGGAUACCUGGCCUUUGUCGUUGAGAUCUUAAAGAGAGGAUAUAUCACUUCAUUCAUCAUGCGCGCCACAACACUUCUCGCCACCGCCUUCUCUAGCCUGGUAGUUGCCAACAACCCUACAGUUGUAGGCUUCAUAGAUGUUGAUAUCCCAUCAGUGACAAUCCCAUCCUACACCAGCGAGGCCGCAAGCGUGACAGGAAUCAAUGCAGACGCAACGACUUACGAAAUCAGCUGUCUGGCAAACGCGCCAACAACUCUCUGUCAGAUCAAGGACCCUUGGACCCUGAUUCAAGGAACAUCGUCAUUCAGCUUCACGGGUGUCUACACUGGUUGGAUCUCUGGCGACGUCAAUGGAGUCACCGCCACCCGCGAUAUGACAUGCUCCUUUACAAGCAUCUCCGAGUCUGUCUCAUGUUCUUUCAGCUACAAGGCUACUGGAACAACUGACGGUCAAUCAUACUCGACUUCCACCUCGAUUUCAGGGACAUAUCCACCAGACUCGGUCACAUAUAUCGCACUUACUGUCACGGGAGGUUUGGACUCCUUCACGGCACCCCAGGCCACCGAAACUCCCAAAGGCGUCGCAGGUCCUGCAGCUGCUCAAGCUAUGAUCACUGCUGCCCCGUUGGGUGCGGCUGCGGUGAUGGCUCUCGCUGCUGCCUUUUAGAAACCUGACGAUCGAAACCCUACUCACAAUAAUUCCUAAUGCGGCGUCAACACCAUCUUCUGAUUUGAAUACGAGACAAAUUUCCGUUGAGACUUUGGACGAGAAAAAAUAGCGAGAUACUAGUGAAAGUGGUAUGGUAGAAGACUGGAAUGUAAUUACUAGCAAUUUACGAAGAAUGACGAACUUACACCUAUUAUACCAUUCCAGC